AUGGAGACUUUUAAGAAUUUUAAUCCUUCUAGUAUUAAUAGAAAACUUUCAGUCGCAAUUUCGCCUUUUACAAAGCGGACAGCACAGUUUGUGCGACAAACAGUUGGAACAGCAGAAGAUGCGACUGAAUUACCGGAUGAAUAUCUACAACUUGAGGUUUCAGUUGAUAAUCUUAAAGCAGUCCAUAACAAGCUUUUGACAGUGACUUCAACGUAUAAGACAGAAACAUAUGAUUAUCCAACAAACUUGAGGGAGACGGUUAGUGAGAUCUCGAAAACUAUUCAAGAAAAAGUUCAAAAUUUAGCUUCAGUUCAAUCAGCAAAUGAAAUACAGGCAGCGAUCAUGAAACCAACAACUAAAAGUCACCCAAAGACACUGAAUCAUGCACUUUCUAGGGCUGCAUUGGCAAGUUGUGAUUUAUUGGAUAGCCCAAGUUCACUAAAAGAACUAUUGUUUUCUUAUGCAGAAGCUCAAGAUAAAAUUGGUAAUGCUCGUUUGAAACAGGAUCAGCAGAUUGUAACGAGGUUUAACGAAUGUCUUAUUUCAAAUUUGCAUACAGUUUUUCAUUAUUCAACAAAAGCCAGGAAAAACGUAAAUUCAUCACGUUUAUCUCUUGAUUCACUCAAAUCAUCUGCAAAAGGAUCGAAGCCUGAAAAACAGGAACAAAUGCAGAGUGAUAUUGAGCACGCAGAAGAUGUUUUUGUUACUGCAGUUGAAGAGGCAACACAAAUUAUGAAAAAUACUUUAGAGACACCUGAAUUAAUUAAUCAAUUAAAAGAUCUCAUAGAAGCUCAGUGUUCUUUUUAUAAAGAAGCCUAUGAGACUUUAUCGAAUCUAUUAAAUGAUUUUAAAAAGUAUUACUAUUAA